GCGCCAGCCAGCCAGGCGCGGCCAAGCGCCAGCCAGCUCCAAACCGACGACGAAGCUUGGGGCUGCCUGGCCCAUCCCAUCAUCACCGACCCGUUGCAUCCCCCGGACCAUCGUCGAGCUCUCCCUCUCGACCACCCCCGCCCGCACCGCCUGCAAACUCGAUCCCACGCACGCCAGACAGUCCAUUUGACUAGCCACCAUGUUCAGAAACAACUAUGAUAACGAUUCCGUCACAUUCUCGCCCCAGGGCAGAAUAUUCCAGAUCGAGUACGCCGCCGAGGCUGUGAAGCAGGGCUCCGUCGUCGUCGGCAUUGCCAGCAAAACACAUGCUGUCCUGUGCGCGGUCAAGCGCAACGCCGAGGAGCUCUCCUCGUACCAAAAGAAGCUCUUCUCCAUCGACGAACACGCCGGCAUCGCCAUCGCCGGCCUCACCUCCGACGCCCGCGUCCUCUCCAACUUCAUGAAACAGCAGUGUCUCGGCCACCGCCUUACCUACGGCCGCGCCAUGCCCAUCCGCUCCCUCGUCGACAUGAUUGGUGAGAAGGCUCAGAUCAACACCCAGGUCUACGGCAAGCGGCCCUACGGCGUCGGCCUGCUCGUGGCCGGCGUCGACGAGCGCGGCCCCCACCUGUUCGAGUUCCAGCCCUCGGGCAUGACGGAGGAGAUGGUCGCCUUCGCCAUCGGCGCCCGCAGCCAGAUGGCCCGCACCUAUCUCGAGCGCAACAUCGACGCCUUCGCCGACUGCUCGCGCGAGGAGCUCGUGCGGCACGGCCUCCGCGCUCUGCGGGAGAGUCUGGUGCAGGACAAGGAGCUGACGGUGGAGAACACGUCGGUCGGCCUGGUGGGCGUCGUCGAGGAGGAGGGCAAGAAGACGGUACAGCCGUUUAAGCUGUAUGACGAGGUUGAGGUGAAGCAGUGGCUCGACACAGUCGGCGAGAGCCAAGGAGGCAGCGGCGAGGGCGAGGGCGAGGGCAUGGACGUGGACAGUUAGAGGGUCGUAGGGGGGGCUCGAGAAAGAGCCAGGGCGUGCCAGCAAGCGACAAGGAUUUGAUGCGGCAGGCAACGACUACUAGAUCAUGUACAACUACGAGCCGCCUAGAUGGCGGCGAUCAUGGGCGUCAACAACAUGAACGUUAGAAUCAGCGCUGGCUGAGCAGGACCGCUGACGACAACGUGAGAAA